AUGGCGUCUACCCCGCCAGCAGAGUCCUUAUGGGACGCCGUAGCAGCUGACGGCGAGGACCCAGAGGCCGACGCAAUGCAGUUUCCCGCCGCAGAAGACCGGCACGUCAGUCCGGUGCCCAUACAGCAGUACCUAGCCAGCAAUCAGCGCCACCGCUCACUGCGCCUACCCCCUGAAAUCCUUACGCACAUUUUGCGUUUCGCAUACGCAAACUCACGACGUCAGUUCUUAUACAACGCUUUGGUGAACAAGGAGUGGGCGAGCUGUGCUCUACCCGUCCUGUGGGAGAGGAUCGCUCCGAGAAGGUGUGGGUCGUUCCGCUAUGUCCGAAUAUCAGGUGGUCACGGCUCACAAGCAGAGGUGUUCCUUUCUAGCAAUUUUCCACUGCCGCUUAUCGUGCGCUCUCUGGAUCGAUUGUGGAGAACGUUGUCGAGCCCGAAAACCAGUCACGACUAUGCUUCAUUUCCGCGGGCGGUAGCAAUUCAGUUACAUCUCAAGAAUAACGAAUUUGUGCCAAGGAGGCAUUUGGAGGAGUUUUCCAGGAUAGUUGAGCUUGUUCCUGGGAUCAUCAAAUACUUCCCAAAUAUUCGGGAUCUAGGGCUCACUCUACGAGUGGAGGAGGCGACGAUUCCAUUACAGGCAACUGUAAGCGUCUUUCUAGAGAGGCUGAUAAGGAUAACACCGCCAGCGGUGUCCCUAUGGCUCAAAUUGGCUGGUGUAGCCAUACUCGACUCACAAUGCGCAGCCCUGGCCGAACGGUUUGGAGAAGUCGUCACGGAUUUGCAUCUCACCAAAUGUAUGGGAUGCACGGCGGCCGGAUUGAAGUACCUUUUGAAGCGCGCACCGAAGUUGCAAAGUCUGGCACUCUAUAUACCAUCACUUCACGACCAGCUGUUGGGAAUAAUCGCCGAACACAACAACCAGUUGAUGGAUCUAUGGCUGGAUCUGCCAAUGGAAGAAGGGUCACAGACGAAUGACAUGGAGAUUCUACGGAACUUCUGCGACGACCUGCGAGUAUUGAUGCAGCGCACAAAACGAUUGAGACGACUGCGACUGCGCGGAGUUCCACUGGCGCCUGAGCGCGCACACCAAAUGCUUCAAAUUGUGAGCGAGGAAGGCCGUGAGCUCCGAUCCCUCAGCAUCCUGGUAUGGCCACCAACGCCAAUGGGGAAAGACAUCCGACGCGUCGCCUUCAAAAAACUCACAAAGCUGAUCAUCUCGAGCAACAACCGCCUUGCCAACGAUUUCAUCACCGCCGCCGCUCGCAGUUGUCCUCGGCUCACAUAUCUCGACGCCGGACGAACGAAGAUAGAUGACACAUGCGUGCAGGAACUCGCCCUCCGAUGUCCAUCACUGGAGUACCUUGACCUCUCCCGCUGCGCACAUCCUACCACAUCAGGGCUGUCAAGUCUCGCACGGCAUGCGAAAAACCUGGAAGAACUAGAUGUAUCGUUCUGCCCCAAGAUCCUCCGCUCAGAAGACAUCGUGCCGUUUUUGCAUCUAUGCAUCGGCUGUAAACGCCUCAAACGCUUCAGCAUAGACUACCCGCCCGCCGGUGGGAUCGUUUUACCCGACCCACCAGCGGACGUCGGCACCGCGUCGGAGGCGGUCCGGCUCCUGUACUCCCGAACGGAAGCGCGUGCUGAACCUCAACCUCAUGCGCGAGUCGUGGAUGGCGGCGUGGAGGGCCGAUGA